GAAGCGAGGCGCGACGCGUCAGUUGGGCGCGAGGUUGGGAGCGCGGCGGUUGAGGCGAGGCCGGUCGGUCGGUGCUCGCCAUGGCGCCGUCCCCGCUGCGGCAGCAGCUCGAAGCGCUGAAAUACGCCGAGCUCCAGCGGAUCGCGAAGGCCGCUGGGCUGAAGGCCAACCUGCGGGCAGACAAACUGUUGAAAGCACUGAAGCAACACUUUGAUGGAACAAAACAACAGAGUGAAAAUAUGGACUCUGAAAAAAGUGCAUCUGCUCUCAUCAAAUCAGAUGAACUGAACAAUGAGGAGGAAAUGAUGCCUGAUUCGGUGUCUUUUGUUACAAGAAGAUGUGGCAAAGAAAAGAAAGUAACCAGAAAAAAGAGGAACUCCACUGAGGAUACUAGUACCUGUGAGGAAAAUACAGAGCUUUCUGACGAGAAAGAGGUGUAUUUGGAAAUGAGAGAAAAUGAGGUGCCUCAGGGUGAGCAAGGAAAAGGACAGAAGGUAUUCCAACCUGAGGAACAAGUAACUAAAAAGAGAGCUAUUGAGAGCACAGGGAUGGGUACGGCGCAGAAAGAACAGCCAAAGAUGACUUCUACUAAAAGUGCCAGCGGUGAAUGUGAUGGUCUUCAGGCAGGAGGGAAGAUCCCUGUGUAUGUAGGCCGUGCAUCUAGGUCUGGGAAAAAAGGAAUGAAAGCUACUACACCAAACUUUAAGAAGUUGCAUGAGGCUCAUUUCAAGAAAAUGGAAUCUAUUGCUGACUACAUUGAGAGGAAAAAGAAAAUUAUUGAAAGCUGCAGCAGUUCUCUCAAUGAAGUCAAGGUGCUGACCAAAAAAUCGAAUAACUUAAGAGCACCAGAAAAAGGCACUCCCCAUAGCACUUCUAAGAAACAAACCAGCAGCAAAACGUUCUUAUUCAGCCCAAAUCCAGAAAGAGCCAAAUUCUCCCCCACCUGCACCCCCAGUAACCGCCGGCGCUCACUGCGCAGUUCUCUGAACGCCAGCAGGAGUAUUUUAUCCAAGAAAUCUUCAUUUAACCCUUCUGUCCUUUCAACAACCAAAAUGAACGUCAGGUUCUCAGAAGCCACAAAAGAUAACGAGCACAAACGCUCCCUUACCAAGACUCCAUCUAGAAUGUCUCCAUACCUGGCGAUGUGCACACCUGAAAGCCAGAGGAGCUGCAAAUCAGGAAGUCGGAAAGACAGCGUGGGAAAUGCAAGAAAUAACAAUCCAACUGCACCAAAGGGUAAAGUGGAGGUUAUCUUGAUGCCUUUUGUAGCUGUCACCCCCUUCAAGUUUUCAGCUCACCCUGCAGAACCCACAAGCACCAAGAAGACGUUUGAUCUCAAAGCAAGUCUCUCGAGGCCACUUCGGUAUCAGCCACAUAAAGGAAGACUAAAACCUUGGGGAGAAUCUAAAGAAAAUGCUGUCCCAAAUAAGUCUGGUAGCAGCAUCUCUUCACGUAAGAAAGACUACAAACAGCCCCAUCUCCAGACGAGGGAAGAAAGGCGGGAGAAACAUGAGCAAGAGAGAAAGAAGAAAAAGGCUCAGGCUCUUGAAAACCGCAGAGGAAUAUCUGUGGGUUAGGAGGAAUAAGAAACACCUAACAGAUUACUGUAAAUACUAGUCCUGUCAUGUAAAUAUCUGUGCUCUGUGUGUGUGUAGUUCAGCUUGCUAUUAGUUAGUAGAAUCCAGAGAGCAUUGAGUAAAACUUCAGAGUGCAUCUGAGCAUAAUGUUUUAGUGAUCAACUUCUCCACAGAGAUGAGAGUUCUAAACUUUCAGGAGCUUAGAACUAUCUCUAGUUGCUUGAUGUUUUCAUUUAACUAAAACACGUUAAAGGAGAAAACAUAAGUGGGAGGGGAAAAGAUGCUCAAGAAGCCUCCUUGCAACUAAGGAUGGACUUUCUGGAUGGAUCAGACUGCAUUUGUUUCUACCAGAUGCACACUUUCGAUAGCAAGCUUCAAAGUGUUCCAUUGGCAAACUACAAUUAAUUCAAUUGCCCAAUUCUGUAACAACAGUGACACCAAUUAUUCAGUGUUUCUCGUUGCCUAUGAGGUAGUAGAGGAUUUCCAAGAGGAGCUAAGACAUGCAAGCUCUCUGGAAAACUCAAAGCUUCCAGAUAACAUAAUGGUAAUACACUGUAUUAAAGUCACAACUGAAACGGGGCUUUACAAAUGACCAGUGGGAUGCUUUGAACAGUUUAGGUUGUUUCGUUCCUUUCUAUGCUAAAUAGCAGCUGUUAACAGAAUUGUUCUGCUUUUCAUGUCUCUGAUGCUUAAAAGAGGUUACAGUAGUGUUGAGGCACAUUCAGUAUGUUAGAUUUAAAAGCUGUUAUUUUUACCUUUAAAAAAUACAUAGAAGAGCUGCCUGGAUUCAUGAUGGAGCUGGAAAGGUACUUCAGCGGUCUUAAUCUCAGCUACACUUCUGUGCCAGUAAUUCUCAGUGAAUUUAGUGUCCUAUCGAAUAUAGGCUGAAAUGUCAAGAACAAGCAAUUGUUUUUAAAAAGAACUUAAUGGAGGGAAUAAAUAUUUUGUACAUAUUCUGUU